ACAUAACCUCAGAGUUUGUAAGCUGCCGUGUGUUUUCUCCUUUGUCGCGGAAAAUCGAGAUAUUUACUUAAAAUGGAAGUGCCCGAAAAUAUGCAGGAUUACAUAGUAAAUCCACACCUGGAGCUGCUGGAAAGCAUGCCUCUGGAACACUUACCUCGCCAAUCAAAUCCGCAGGAGGUUUUCGACGUUUCCGAGCCCUUGGUGGGCACGACACUGAGGGCCAAACGAUGUCCUGUCACCGGACAGGUGAUUGACUUCGAGGAGGUGGAGAUCCUGGAGCCAGACAGUCGACCAGACAAUUCCAUGUCCUUCCAGCGAGCUCCGGACGCUAGUGGUAAGAGAUCAGUGCGCGGUUCCUCCACAAACUAUCCCUUCUUGCCUGGUGGAUUUGACGAUGUGCCUGAUGAAGAAUUCCCAGACGAGGGAGAUCAGUUGCUCACUCUGGCGCCCGGUUUUGAGCAUGGAAUCUCCAGUAGUGCUGAAGAAAUUGAGGAAGCACUUGAAAAUCUGAAGAUUGAAGAGAUCGAUUAUCACAAAUUGAUCCAGAACAACCCUAUUUAUGACUUGUGGCCAGAGAAGAGCCCUAAAGUGAGUGAGAAGGAGAAGAUCAAGCGCCCCAAAGUGUUGAAAGUCAGCGACACGAAGGCCAUCAAGACAAUUGAAACGAAAUGGGCUGUUAUGGUGGACACAGAUCAAGCAAUUCCGCCUGCAUCAGCUGAACCAGCUCGCAUUUUUCCUUUCAAACUGGACAACUUCCAGAAACACGCCAUCCACCAACUCGAGGAUCACAAUCAUGUCUUUGUGGCGGCUCACACUUCAGCGGGAAAGACAGCCGUGGCGGAAUAUGCAAUCGCAUUGAGUCUCAAGCACCACACGAAGGCGAUCUACACGUCACCAAUCAAGGCACUGUCCAACCAGAAGUACAGGGACUUCAAGAAGAUAUUCAAGGAUGUGGGACUCAUUACUGGAGACGUACAAAUAGACUCUGACGCUUCGUGUCUCAUCAUGACGACAGAAAUCCUGCGAUCGAUGCUCUACUGCGGGAGUGAAAUUGCUCGAGAUCUCGAGUAUGUGAUCUUCGACGAGGUGCACUACAUCACGGAUGUGGAUCGAGGACAUGUGUGGGAGGAAGUGCUGAUUCUCCUCCCAGCGAAUGUGACUAUAGUCAUGCUUAGCGCCACAGUUCCCAACACACUCGAGUUCGCCUCGUGGGUGGGACAGACGAAGAAGAAGAAGGUGUACGUCGUGAGCACCCUGAAGCGCCCCAUUCCCCUCAAGCACUACCUCUACGUGCCGUUCGUGACGAAGAACAAGGAGGAGAUCCAUCUGAUUCUGGAUGAGAACAAUCGCUUUCUCAACAAAGGCCACUCGGACGCUGUGACGCUCAAGGAGGCGACAUCAGCCAAAAUUGGUCGCAAUCUGUCGCGGAAUCAGGAGAAGACCAUGUGGGAGAAGCUCGUGGCGUAUCUGCGAAAGACUGACAAAAUGCCAGUGGUGGCAUUCACUCUCUCCAGGAAUAGAUGCGACAUGAAUGCCGAAGCUAUGCGUGGCUGUGAUUUGUGCACAAAUAAGGAGAAGAGCAUCAUCAACAGCUUCUUCCAGAAGUGCCUGCAGCUGCUCAAGCCGCCAGACAGGACGUUGCCGCAGGUGAAGAACCUGCAGUACUACCUUGAGAGAGGCUACGGAGUUCACCACUCGGGAAUUUUGCCCUUUCUGAAGGAAGUCGUAGAGAUGCUGUUCCAGUGUGGCCUCGUGAAGCUCCUCUUCGCUACGGAAACCUUCGCAAUGGGCGUCAAUAUGCCCGCCAGGACGGUGAUUUUCGAUUCUAAUCGCAAGUUUGACGGCACCGAAAUGCGAUAUCUGCAUCCGGCUGAGUAUACGCAGAUGGCAGGUCGUGCCGGACGUCGAGGACUGGAUCAGAAUGGCACGGUGAUUCUCAUCUGCAAGACCGAAAAGAUUCCCGACAUUCCGGUGCUGCAGGGAAUGAUGCAGGGGAAGCCAAUGCGCCUGGAAUCGCAGUUCAAGCUUACCUACGCCAUGAUCCUCAAUCUUCUGCGCGUGGAGAGGGUGUCAGUGGUGGACAUGAUGUCCCACAGUUAUCGUGAAUUUCACUCGCAGCAGAAACUCCCGGAGAAUCAGCUGAAGCUGCAAAAGGUGCAGGAGGAAUUCACAUCUCUAGAGCCACUGGGUGAGAAUAUGAAUUCCCUGUGUGAGCUCUAUGAUGUGGCCACCAGUUACUUCUUCUUCCUGGAUCAAGUCAAUGCUGAGGUACACAAGCAGCCGGAUGUGAAGAAGAAGCUUCAACCAGGGAGACUUUUAGUCAUCACGAAGGGAAACUUCUGCAACAAUCUGGCUGCAAUUAUCACAGUCACUGAGGUCCAGCGGAAGGAGGUGGAACUGAAGGUGGCCGUGCUUGGAGACCAGCUAAUGUCUGAUGAGGAUGAGAAGGAAGAUUUCUGGUAUCGCAUCCUUUCCCUCGCAACCGCUGAGAAGAUUCAUGUGCCGGACAAUGUGACAACCUUCACCUUGCUCACUGUGAAAUUGAGGCACAUCGUGAAGAUUGUGAACAGCAUGGUGAAGAUCCAGGCCGAUACCAUCCUCAAUAGCUGGCAUCGACGACAGCAGGAGCGCUUCAAGAACGAUCCACUCGGUCCGAGUGCCUUGAAACUCAUUGCCGACUUGAAUCAGUUCCUCGAGGGAGACGGCAAAAUUGACUACGUCAAUCUCUAUGAGACCAUCCCACUGGCUGUGAUUGAUGACAUGAAGGAACUCACCCUUCAGCGCAAGAGACUCACCAGUGUGCUCUCGUGCACACGAGUCAGCAAUUUUCGCGAGCAAUUCCGCCGUGUUUUCGAACGGAAGACGCUGGAGAAGCGUCUGCAGCAUCUCAAGUACAUCACUUCGAAAGACAAUAUGGCUCUGUAUCCGGACUAUUGCAACAAGUUGGAAGUUUUGCAUGAGAUGCGAUACAUUGAUAAGCACAAUAAUAUCACCAUGAAGGGUCGUGUGGCGUGUGAAAUGGGAUCCAAUGAGCUCAUUCUCACGGAAAUCAUCUUUCGCAACAUUAUUUCCAAUCUGGAGCCAGCAGAAAUUGCCGCUCUGCUCUCUGGGCUGGUGUUUCAAGCCAAAACCGAAGCCAAUCCCAAUCUCACUCCGAUUCUGAAGAAGGGAAUUGCAGAGAUUGAGGCCAUCAAUGAUGAGAUCUUCCAUUUGGAGCAGAAACAUCGUGUGUCAACAUCGCUGGAGGCUCAAGCGAAGCCCAAGCUCAACUUUGGUCUCGUGGAGGUGGUGUAUGAAUGGGGGAGAAACAAGCCUUUCGCGGAUAUCAAGGAGCUCACGGAUGUUCAGGAGGGAAUCAUUGUGCGAUGCAUUCAGCAACUUCACGAAAUCCUCCUCAACAUCAAAGACGCCUCGAGAGUAUUUGGUGAUCCUGUGCUGCACACAAAGAUGGAAGAUGUCUCCAAUGCCAUCAAGAGAGACAUUGUCUUCGCCGCCAGUCUCUACACGCAAAAGGAUGCCGGGAUAAUUUCAUGAGCAUGCAAAUUGUCGUUGGGAGGAGAAAUAAAUUUAAAAUUCCGCGCAAUUUCACAUAACCUCAAUUUUUCUGAAUUGCUCCGAAUCGCAGAU